CAUUACAUAUACGUUAUAUCCAAGAGCUACUAAUACAUUGUGUACGCUGACCGUGUCGCGACAAUAUGUGGUGCCACAAGUAUAAUAUAUUGGCGGUAUUGCUGUGUGUCAUCCAAUAUGGCUCAGCAAUGUCAAGGAUUGACCCUUUGGUUGACACAAAAAUCGGCUUGAUUCGUGGUCUCAGAGCAAGCGAUGGUGACUACGCAAUGUUCAUGGGUAUUCCAUACGCAACUGUUGAUGAAGCCAACCCAUUCGGCCCGUCUACACCCCACCCUGGAUUUGAUGACGCUUUUGAUGCUUACGAUGACACUGCUGUGUGCCCCCAACUUGAUCAGUUCACUAAUAAAGAAGUGGGAUCAAUAGACUGUCUGCAUUUAAAUGUGUAUGUGCCUAAUUCAGCAAAUUCCAGAAACCGCUUACCUGUACUAGUUUGGUUUUAUGGCGGAGGAUUCAGAGUCGGAUACUCAGGGAGAUUUGUCUAUGGACCUCGUUUUUUAGUUAAACAAGAUGUAAUCUUAGUAACCGUUAACUAUCGGGUCGGCCCGUAUGGGUUCAUGUGUCUUGAUGUGCCUGAAGUGCCUGGAAACCAAGGUUUAAAAGACCAGCAGUUAGCUUUGAAGUGGGUUAAAAACAACAUCGAAGCAUUUGGAGGAAACCCCGACAAAAUAACAAUAUUCGGGGAGAGUGCCGGUGGUGCAUCUGUAGAUUAUCAUUUAACCUACAGUCAAGGGAAAUUAUUCCAUCAAGUAAUAAUGCAAAGUGGAACUGCUCUAGUUCCAUGGGGAGCUGUAAGAGCUCCUAAACCCUCCAUACCUCUGAUACUAUCUGAACACCUCGGUUUUAAAACGACGGAUACCAAAGAAGCGUUAUCCUUCUUGGCAUCAAUCGACACUAAUUUAGUGAUUGCCGCUGGAAUAGAAUUAAAACUAACCACUAGUCCUUGUGUCGAAAACGAUUUCGAUAAUGUUGAAAAGUUUAUUCAUGAUUUCCCCAUCAAUAUAAAGAAACCGAAUCUUGGAUACUUGCCUACUCUCAUAGGAGCCAACAAAGAUGAAGGCCUAGCUGAAUUUGGAGGCAAGAACGCUGAAGAGAUUUCCGAAUACUCUGACCUAUUUUUCAACUUUUUAAAUGAUAAUUUUGAUUUUAACACUGAAGAACUCAAUGAAAUGGAACAAAUCGUACGGAACUUUUAUAUUGGGGACGAAAUUGUAAGUGAAAACGUUACAGACGGACUUAUUCAAAUGUAUUCUGACUUCAAGUUCAACUAUCCAACGGCAAGAGCGUUACAGAAAUAUCUUGACAAUGGUCUUAAGAAUGUUUAUUAUUACUUGUUUUCCUACGAUGGAGGGAGGAAUUACGCAAAAAACAGACUCAAUAUAAGCGCUACUGGAGUCGCACAUGCUGAUGAGCUCGGUUAUUUCUUUGAUGUCUCUUACAUGGACAAGAACCCAACUCCUGAAGAUCAACUUGUGAUCGACCGCGUCACUACGCUAUGGGCCAACUUUGCUAAAUUUGGGAACCCAACUCCGCAGACGACCGAUAUCUUACCCGUGAUCUGGCCGAUGGCUACCAAAGACGAACAAUACUAUUUAAAUAUCGAUGCAGACCUGACGAUUAAAAAGAGAUAUUUCAACUCGAGAGUGGCUUUCUGGGAUCUGUUUUACAAAUUAAAUGAAAAAGCUGAAAAAGGGUACGCAAACAGCUCUAAGUAAUGUAGUCCAUGUUUCAAAAUAACCAAAAUUAUGUUUUGUAAAUAAACGCAUUUUAAAAAGCAUAAAUAAAAUGGGUUAUUACUAA